AUGGACGAGCUCGGUCUCAAGCGAUACUGCUGCCGCCGUAUGAUCAUGACCCACGUUGACCUUAUCGAGAAGCUUCUCAAGUACACUCCUGACGGACGAAACGAGAAGAAGCAGCAAUUGCGCCAGCACAUGUCUCAAGAACAAGAAUGA